AUGAUGCUCAACCCCAAGAAGUGCAUAUUCGGUAUGACAUCAGACAAGUUCCUAGGGUAUCUAGUAUCGCACCGAGGUACAGAAACAAAUCCCGACAAGGUGAAGGCGAUUCAGGGGAUGUCCUCACCCCGAAGCAUCCGAGACGUCCAAAGGUUGACGGGAAGAUUGGCAGCUCUAAAUCGGUUCUUGUCACAAUCUGCCGCAAGAGCGCUGCCGUUCUUUAAAGUGCUGAAGAAGGCCGACAUGUUCUCUUGGACUGAGGAAUGCCAAAGGGUCUUUGAGCAAAUGAAGGAAUACCUGCAUCAACUCCCUACUCUUACCUCACCUCGAGUAGGAGAGACAUUAUAUCUCUACGUGUCCGCGGGUGAAAAGGCGGUGAGCGCAGUCCUGAUAUGGGAUGAUAGUUUUCAGGUCCCAAUAUAUUAUGUUAGCCGGGCUCUCCGCGGGCUGAAAACCUAUAAACCCGGACCGAAAAGCUCGUGUGUGGGUGAGAGUAGUGGAGCCGGACUGCUCUUCGAAGACCCUCACGGAGAUGCGUAUUCAUAUGCUCUCCGGUUUGACUUUGCUGCCUCCAAUAACGAAGCUGAAUACGAGGCUGUCAUUGUAUUCGGGGAAUAUGAGACUAGAGAGGAAUCCAUGCAACGGUACCUUUCUAAAGUCCACCAAUUGGCAGCCUAUUUCAAAUCCUUUGAAAGACAAAAGAUCCUCCGUUCCCAAAAUCGACGAGCUGAUGCCCUAUCCAGACUUGCUUCUACCUCAUUCUCUGCUCUCAACAAGACAGUUCUCGUGAAGGUCUUAGCCGAACCUGGUUAUAUGGAGGAUCAAGUCUAUCCGGUGGCCUCGGGGGACACCUGGAUGACUCCACUGAUCAAGUUUUUGGAUCAAGGCCUUUUUCCAGAUGAUAAGGCCGAGGCAAGAAAGAUGCAGCAAACAGUAGCCCGAUAUACCAUCCGUGAUGGCCGUCUUUAUAAGCAAUCUUACCUCGGGCCGUGGUUGCGAUGCAUCACCCCGAAAGAAGGAGAACGUACUCUUAAAGAAAUAUACGAGGGCCUCUGUAGGGUUCAUGUCGGGUACCGGGAUGCUGGUCAAGAAAACCCUGCUUCUCAGCUAUUUUUGGCCAACUUUAAGACAAGACGCCCAACUCUUGGUACUCUGUUGCCCUUCUUAUCAGCAUCAUACUCUGGAGCACCACCACCCAACCAAUUUUAUGAUCCCCAUCACUUCAUCCUGGCCUUUCGAGCAAUGGGGAACAGAUAUCAUUGGACCUUUCUCUCAGGCGGUAGGCGGUUAUACCCAUAUAGUUGUGGCCAUCGACUACUUCACGAAGUAGACGAACUCCCCAGCGUGCUGUGGUCCUACAGAACCACGCCGAGGUCUGCUACUCGCGAGACACCCUUCUUCUUAACCUACGGAUCUGAGGCGGUAGUCCCCGCUGAAUUCAUUACUCCAAGUCCUCGGAUGGCGGCUUUCACCGCCAAAGUGAAUGACGAAGAAAGAAAGAUUGACCUCGAUCUAACAGACGAGAUCAGGGAUGCCUCCGCAGCACGGAUAGCCCUUCACAAGAAUAUCCUCGCCAAUUAUUAUAACGCCCAGGUUAAAUACUUUCGGUUCAGACUCGAAGACCUGGUCCUACGAAAGAACUCCAUUAGCCGAUCUGAACCACAAGGCAAGCUAAAUCCGAGGUGGGAAGGCCCAUACCGAGUUGUAGAUGCUAAUCAAAGUGGUUAUUGUAAGUUGGCCUAUCGGGAUGGUGCCCUUAUACCCCGAACUUGGCAUGCCGAAAAUCUUAGAUUGUAUUAUUCUUAA